CUGCAUGUUAUUGUUGUAAACACACACUGCACCCACCCCUCACAGUAAACAGCCGAGCACUCCAAUCUUGAGAUUCAGACACGCUGUGGUACGGUCCAUGAUCGGGGGCAAGAAGCAUUUCAUGGCCCAGAGGAUAGCAGCCGGUGGGGCAGGCGGACACCAGCCCCGGCUACUAGCCCUGGUGGACAAGGUACAAGCUAUGCAGAAGGCCAGUGAUGGCGCAUUGUCAGAGGACUUAAAGGGAAAGUUUACCUUUGCAUCGCCAAAUUACACCGUGAUGGAGAGUUGUGGCAAGCUGGAGGUUGAUGUCCUCUUUCACCGAUCAACUCCGAGAAGAACUCGUCAGCUCACCCAGGAGAAUGGCAUCGCGGGCCACCACCAUGAGAUCGCAGAUGAAAUCAGCCGUAGCGAUGCCUACGAUGAUUGCAUCAAGGGUACCGUCUACGUGACCUACGAGACACGAGACGGCACCGCUAAGCAAGGGACCGAAUUCACGCAUGCACAGGGCAAAUUGGUUUUCACAGAGACAGAAUGGAGGAAGACGAUCACCAUUCCAAUCAUCAACGAUACCCAGUACGAAGCCAACAUGGACUUCUACAUCCUGCUCAAAUCGCCCGAGGGAGGGGGUGCGUUGGGGGAUCCCAGCAUCACCAGGGUCACAAUUAUUGAUGAUGACGAGCCUGGCGAGUUCACAUUUGAAUCUCCUAACUACACAGCUGAUCUUGAGAAGGGUCUGGUGACGGCAACGGUUGUAAGAUCCAAGGGAUUUGAUGGCACUGUUACCCUACAGUACGCCACCAUGGAUGGUAAUGCAAGGGGAGAUCUACAUUUGGAAGGUGGAGCUGACUAUAAAUCCAUGUCAGGAACAUUGUGCUUUAAACACGAGGAGAAGUCCAAGACCAUCGAGAUACCAGUCAACAGAGAAUCAGUGGGUUUGAGGAACUUCGUGAUAGUUCUGAGGAAUCCUAGUAUUGGAGCCAAGCUUGGGGAACACAGUGCUGCCGUAGCCAACCUCAGACCAGAUGACAUCGGUGAGAGGGUCGCCCAGAUCCUGGAAGAUGAGGAGGAUGCCGAGACAUGGUUUGGACAGAUCAAAAAUGCAAUGACCCUUGGAGGAGAUAUCGAUGACGAUGGCAAGGAGAUCCCACCCUCCAAGAUGGACUGUAUCAUGCAUUUCAUAACAUUCUUCUGGAAAGUCAUCUUUGCCAUUGUACCACCUAAGAAUUACUGGGGAGGAUGGCCUGCAUUCAUUGGAUCUCUGCUAUUCAUCUUUGCUCUCACGGCUGUGGUAGAACAGAUCGCUACUUUGCUGAGCUGUGUUGCAUUAAUAGAGCCCAGUGUUGCGGGUAUAACAAUCAUAGCCCUCGGAACCAGCGUACCAGACACAUUUGCAAGUAGAACGGCCGCCAUUCAGGACCAACAUGCUGAUGCUGCCAUCGGCAAUAUAACAGGUAGCAACAGCGUGAACGUGUUCCUUGGCCUUGGUCUCCCUUGGAUCAUCAAGGUCAUGUACCUGUACGUCAACACAGACUCACCUUACCUUGUGGGAACAGAGAACCUUGACCUGGCUGUCAUCCUUUUUACAGGAGUUGGUACAUGUUGUAUAUGCAUCAUCAUAGGGAGGAGAUAUAUUGUUGGAGGUGAGUUAGGGGGUAAAAAGGUGACCAAGUGGUUGACUGGAUUCUUUCUCUGCCUCCUCUGGGUUGUAUACAUCACCGUUGCAUCCCUCAGGUCAUACCGUAUCAUCUAAAGGUCAACUACAAAGGUCAGCAAGAGGUCAACCAGAGGUCACCAAGUAAGGUUGAUGAGAAGGUCAUCCAAGAAAUGCUGCAGAGAGGACAUUAGAAAUUAGAAUUAGACCAUCACCAGCAGACAAUCCUGAUGAUAAGCACGGAGAUAACAUCUGCAACCAUGUUGCAGAUGUGGUUGGAGCUGUUUUAAAGAUGAUGGAACUGACACUGAUGAGGGUUCAUUGAUGUCCAAGACUAACCUGUUAAUAUGCAAAGCAGACUGACCUCUGAACUUACAAAGGAAUGUUUAUUGAUAUACCUGUAAUUCGUGAUCGGAAUAAAAACAGAUUGAGGAUGGCAUUCCAUGGCUAAUGGUGGUAGAAUCAGAUUGGAAAUAAUCUUCGCACUGUCUUUUCCCUCAAGUAAUAUGGAUUCUCCCUAAAGUCAACUGGAUUUUCAAUAAAGAUAUCUGGAUUCUCCCUAAAGGUAUUUGGGUUCUCCCUAAAGGUAUAUGGAUUCUCCCUAAUGGUAUCUGGAUUCUCCCUAAUGGUAUCUGGAUUCUCCCUAAUGGUAUCUGGAUUCUCCCUAAAGGUAUUUGGGUUCUCCCUAAAGGUAUAUGGAUUCUCCCUAAUGGUAUCUGGAUUCUCCCUAAAGGUAUCUGGAUUCUCCCUAAUGGUAUCUGGAUUCUCCCUAAAGGUAUUUGGGUUCUCCCUAAAGGUAUAUGGAUUCUCCCUAAUGGUAUCUGGAUUAUCCCUAAUGGUAUCUGGAUUCUCCCUAAUAUUAUCUGGAUUCUCCCUAAAGGUAUCUGGAUUCUCCCUAAAGGCAUCGGGAUUCUCCCUAAAGGUAUCGGGAUUCUCCCUAAAGGUAUCAGGGUUCUCCCUAAAAGUAUCUGGAUUCUUCCUCAAAGUAUCUGGGUUCUCCCUUAAAGUAUCUGGAUUCUCCCUAAAGGUAUCUGGAUUCUCCCUAAAGGUAUCUGGAUUCUCCCUAAAGAUAUCUUGAUUCUCCCAAAAGGUAUCUUUAGGGAGAAUACAGAUAACCUAAAAGUUAAAUGAAACCCAAAAUCUAAUACAACAUGAUAUCAUUGAUAAACACAGGACAAUCAAAAUGAAUCCACUUAAACCCCUAUCCGAUUUCCCAGCAUAGAGUACCACCUCUUCAAAGGUAUCUGGAUUCCCCUUAAAAUCAUUUUGCAAAAUUCUGCUCCUUUGUAUAUCCAUCCAACCACCAUAUGUGGUUGGAGCUGUUUUAAAGAUGAUGGAACUGACACUGAUGAGGGUUCAUUGAUGUCCAAGACUAACCUGUUAAUAUGCAAAGCAGACUGACCUCUGAACUUACAAAGGAAUGUUUAUUGAUAUACCUGUAAUUCGUGAUCGGAAUAAAAACAGAUUGAGGAUGGCAUUCCAUGGCUAAUGGUGGUAGAAUCAGAUUGGAAAUAAUCUUCGCACUGUCUUUUCCCUCAAGUAAUAUGGAUUCUCCCUAAAGUCAACUGGAUUUUCAAUAAAGAUAUCUGGAUUCUCCCUAAAGGUAUUUGGGUUCUCCCUAAAGGUAUAUGGAUUCUCCCUAAUGGUAUCUGGAUUCUCCCUAAUGGUAUCUGGAUUCUCCCUAAUGGUAUCUGGAUUCUCCCUAAAGGUAUUUGGGUUCUCCCUAAAGGUAUAUGGAUUCUCCCUAAUGGUAUCUGGAUUCUCCCUAAAGGUAUCUGGAUUCUCCCUAAUGGUAUCUGGAUUCUCCCUAAAGGUAUUUGGGUUCUCCCUAAAGGUAUAUGGAUUCUCCCUAAUGGUAUCUGGAUUCUCCCUAAUGGUAUCUGGAUUCUCCCUAAAGGUAUUUGGGUUCUCCCUAAAGGUAUAUGGAUUCUCCCUAAUGGUAUCUGGAUUAUCCCUAAUGGUAUCUGGAUUCUCCCUAAUAUUAUCUGGAUUCUCCCUAAAGGUAUCUGGAUUCUCCCUAAAGGCAUCGGGAUUCUCCCUAAAGGUAUCGGGAUUCUCCCUAAAGGUAUCAGGGUUCUCCCUAAAAGUAUCUGGAUUCUUCCUCAAAGUAUCUGGGUUCUCCCUUAAAGUAUCUGGAUUCUCCCUAAAGGUAUAUGGAUUCUCCCUAAAGGUAUCUGGAUUCUCCCUAAAGGUAUAUGGAUUCUCCCUAAAGGUAUCUGGAUUCUCCCUAAAGGUAUCUGGAUUCUCCCUAAAGAUAUCUUGAUUCUCCCAAAAGGUAUCUUUAGGGAGAAUACAGAUAACCUAAAAGUUAAAUGAAACCCAAAAUCUAAUACAACAUGAUAUCAUUGAUAAACACAGGACAAUCAAAAUGAAUCCACUUAAACCCCUAUCCGAUUUCCCAGCAUAGAGUACCACCUCUUCAAAGGUAUCUGGAUUCCCCUUAAAAUCAUUUUGCAAAAUUCUGCUCCUUUGUAUAUCCAUCCAACCACCAUAUAGCCAUUGGCAGUUAGUGUCCUAAAAUGGAAAGCUACAUGUAUUAUCAUUGCCAAACCAAUUCAUGGUAAGACAUUUCAUGUUAUGCAAACUAGAAAACUGCGAAUCAUUAUUUUUUUCAGAGCCUGCUCGUAUACUACUUUGCAUCUUAUCUCUAUUAUGACAUCAUCCAUGUGUGCUGUUGCAGUUUUAUUUUUCUGAAUAUUUUUAAUUCCUCUGUGUGAAUAUUUGUUUUUUGUCUUUUCGAAACAUUCCAUUUUUAAGUGAAUAAAUUGUACUCUAUCUGAUGAUUCCUCCAAUAUGACAUAAAAUAAGGUGUUUAUUUAGAUGAUAUUGAAAUAUGCCCUGCAUAGGUAUUGAACUUGUAUAGUGAGAUAUGACAUUCCAGUUGAGAUAUCAUAGAUACACUUUAGUACAACAAAUCCCUGUCUCUGAAAUCCAUUUACUUAUUUGAAUAGAUAAUGUAUUUAAGAAAUUGAGUUUUGAUUAUUUUGCUGAGAUAUUCUAGGAAAUGGAUAAAAAAACGCAUAAAGCAGUGCAACUUUAUGUUUGUUUAUUCUCCUGUGAUAGUACGGAAAGCCAUAAUGGUUUUUAAUUUUGUUAUAAAUCAAAUAUCAAAGGUGACAUGUCAUGAAGUGAAGCAAAUAUGUAGCUGCUGACAAGUUCUAAACAAGAUAAUGGGACAGAUUUUUAAGAAUUAUAGAGAAGGUAAUGUAGAACGAGUAUGUUGAUUUGAAAAAAAAAGAAGUUUUGAUGAAUAACUGAAAAAUGUAUGA